AGUUUUCAAGAUAAGUCAAAAUCAAAACUUGAAAACCAAAGCCUUCGCAGCCGCACUUUAAAUAUUAAACAAAAAAAAUGCAAAAUCCUUAUUAUUUUAUUUGCCCAUACAACAAUUGUUGUAUUCAAUAAACUAUACAAAGUCAUAAAAGUCGUAUUUUCAAAAAUAUAUUAUUUAAAAUCUUCCAUUGGGAUAAUCUCCGUCUCUGCCAAAGAUAAAAACAAAUAGAAAUGAACGCCGUGAAUUGCCUUUACAUAAACGGUCGACAACCCUUCACUGUUAGUGAACUAAUGAAACUUGACUUCCUAAACCUUCCACUCUCCGAGAAACUAAGAAUUCUCGAGCUAGGUCCACCUCGACCUAAUUUUUCUGUUAAAUUAGACAAAGAAGCCCCUGCCAAUGUCAAGGCUAAAAACAAUGACAAAAACUCUUCCAAGAAAUCCUGUCAAACGAUACAAUCUUCGAAGAUUUACAAAGAACUUGAGUGGGCUUGCGGUUGCGAAAAGAAAAAGACUUUCUAUUGUUAUCCUUGUUUGCUUAUGGGUACGUCCUGCACCCAAAAGGGCACUUCAAAUCCUAACCAGAAAUUUAUCCGCUACCAUACGCGAUUGGAGAGCCAUAUCAAAAAUGCCUUGAAUGUGGCAUUGAUGGGCAAGACAGUCAGCUUAAACAAAUCCUCGGAAAACGGAAUUCACAAAACCCACAAUGAGAACGUCCGUAGGAAUCGGCAACUCCUGCUCCGAAUAGUCAAAGCCUUCGUAGAGCAUUCCGAUCUGUACGAAUACGUCUUGAACGGUGAAUGCAGUUGGAACACCAAACUCGAACCCUGCAGUCUCAUGGAAGUUAUCUUCAAGGUUGAUGGCACACUUAAGGAAUGCUACGAGUAUUCCCCGUUCUUCAAACACAUCAUUCCCCAGGAUCUUCAAGCGCAAAUCUUGAAAGCCGCACUGCAUUUGUACCAGUCCAAAGUUUUAGAAGAGGUGAAUGCGGCCAAAUUUAUAGCCAUCAUAACCGAAGAGACGACAGACCUUGUACAGAAAGACCAAAUGGUACUGAUCCUAAGAUACAUCCUCGACAAUCGGGUGGUCGAGAGGUUCUGGACGCUGCUCAAGCCUCCGGAAAGGAAUCCCAAGGCGGUAACUGAUUGCAUUUUAGCCGAACUUAACAUGAUUCUCCCCACGCACAAGGACAAGCUCAUCGCUCAAUCACACAUUGGCGGAGUGGUGUUCGGCCCUCUCAUUGCCGACCUCCACAGACUGAUAACGUUGGAGUACAGGAAUGCCAUCUAUGUCCACUACCACGCCUACAAACUGACCGAGGUGAUGGAGCGCGCUGUUUGCCAGAACAGUCGAGUUAGAGACUUCUUUGCGAACCUCGACGGGAUUUAUGGCUUCUUCGAGAAGAACCCAAGGAUACUGCAAGCCUUCUUCGAAUCGACGCCGCUCUAUUGCGAGGGAAGCUUCGAAAAGGGUUCUUUGGUGUUUAUCUACGAGAACAAAUGCGAAAUCUUGAACUUCAUGAUCGUACUGCACACGGAUCUGGAUUCUUCGCCUCAGUACAUCAGAGAGGCGGACGUUUGUGAGAAACUGCUGACAAACGACGGAUUCAUGUACUUCCUGUCGUUCUUCUACUACCUUAUGGCCGACGUCAACGUAUUCUAUGUCGGUCUGCAGAACUCUUUUGUGGACUCGAUAAAGAUUGCCGAGGGUAUCAAUGAAUUUCUGGACGAAAUUCGGAAAACCAAAGACGCCAUCGCUGUGGAGAACAGCGACAAUGAUGACAAGACCAGCGAAGCCUUUAUGCGAGCCUUCGCAAAGAUCGAGGUAUGCAAUGUAAUUCUGAAAGAAAUCCAGGAGCGCUUUAGCUUCACCAAUCACUGGGAGGCACAUAUUCUCUUCAAAUCGGAGCAGUACUACAAAUUCCAUGGGAAUUUCCCUGACAACAUCCUACAGAAUGCAAUCGAGUACUUUAAAUUCCAGUUUCCGGACAAACUCCGCGUGGAAUUGCAGACUUUGUACACACGCACGGAUUUGAUGAUCUGCAGGAAUGCCCACGACUUGCUGUGGGCGUUCCACAAGUACAGGCUGACUUCAGUGUUCGAGAAGACAACUGCACUGCUUCAUGUAAUUCUUACCAUACCGACGAUGCUGCUGGAGGCGGAGGGCAAGAUUUGUGCGGUGAAGAGAGUGCGACGGGCUGUAGCCUUGUCAUCGAAUCAGAGUUCCAAACCAGCGACAGCCUUGACAAUGCUUCUUGCGGAGCGAGAAGCAUUGUUGUCCUUCCCAGACCUUGCAGAAUCUCUCAUAGACGUUUAUGUGAAACAGGAACGCCAUCAGAAUGAGUUUACCUAUUGCUAAGUCAAUUUAUGUAAUUUUGUCAAUUUUUAAAUCAAGUCAAUUCUUUUAGAGCAUGAGAUUUAAGUCCAGUUAUUUUUGUUUAGUCAUUGAAUCUCGUGAGUUUAUGUUUAAGAAAAAAAUUAUUGUACACAAUUUUACCAAAACAAAUAAAGAUAAGGUCAGUUUUUUU